AUGACCAGAGAUUGUGAAAUGAAGACACCUUUCAUACAGAAACUUCUGUAUGUUGUCACAGACUGCAGCCCCGGAAAUCAUAAGAAAACUUUAUUUAUGGUCGGAGAAACUGGAAAUAAUGAUUAUACUUCUGCAUUAUUUCAAGGCAGGCCUGUAGAAGAGUUAAAACAUAAAUUGAUGCCUCGAAUUGUUCAAUCCAUCAUGGAUGCAGUAAGAAAAGUUAUAAGCAUUGGAGCUGAGCGAAUAAUUGUUCCUGGCCAAUUUCCACUAGGCUGUUUCCCUGUAUAUUUGACAGAGUUCCCAAGUAACAGCACAACAGCAUAUAAUAAACAUAAAUGUUUGAUAGCGUUGAACGAUCUUGCAGAAGCUCACAACAACUAUCUACAGCAUGCUAUAAGCACAUUGCAAACGCAAAAGCCCAACACGAAGAUUGUGUAUGGUGAUUACUACAACGCCUUUGAAUGGCUUCUAAAUAACGCACCACAUUUAGGACUUGAUGCAGAAUCUACUUUAAAAGCCUGUUGUGGAACAGGUGGUAAAUAUAAUCUGAACUCAACCCAACGGUGUGGGAGCCCAAGUGUUCCCGUCUGUCCUGAUCCUGAUCGACAUAUUAGUUGGGAUGGAGUUCAUUUGACACAGAAGGCGAAUCGCCUUAUUGCCACGUGGCUUGUAGCAGAUUUUCUCCCAAUGAUUGAUUGUAAAAAAUAG